UGGCUCCGCUCUUUUCACUGUCUGGGGUGAUCGAACUGGCCCCAGGUCCGGCUGGGAGGCUCCGGAGUUUGUAGCGAGGACGGGCCCGCUCCUCCCCCUUUGUGCCUGGAAGAGAGGAGCUGCUGCAAGGAGAGGAGGCUGCAGCUGUUGCUGCAACGUGACGCUUUGCAUCCCUUCCCUGCUCCUCUGCUCGCCCCGGGCUAGCGGGGGCGGAGCUGGCUUAGCCCUGCACCUCGCUCACAGGUUAUGCUAAAGGAAAGUGGGGGGUCAGCAGCCUCCUCCUUUCCCCCCAGCCAGGGUGACCAGACGUCUCCAUAUUAGGGACUUUGUUUUAUGUACAGUACGCAGCUAUCAUCACCACCCCCAAAAAGUGUCCUGAUUUUUCACACUUGCUGUCUGGUCGCCCUACCCCCAAUGUGCCUGUUUAUGGUAGCUGAAUUUGUGGGCUGAGGUGCAGUGCAGCCUCCUUCCGCCUCCACCCUUUCCCAGGGCUGGCAUUACAUAAGCUAAUCCACACGCAGCAUCUCGUAGGGAGGACAGCCCCUGGGCAUGGGUAUCUGGGCUCGAGUGAGUGUCUUGGGCACCCUGGCUUUCUGUGUGCACCAGAAGAGGGUAGCCCUGGCUGAGCUGAGAAGGGACAAAACUCAGUACAGCGGCGAUCGCCAUCAGCUGGAGCUGAAGUUGGUCCAGGUCAUAUUUCGGCAUGGAGCGCGCACUCCUUUAAGACCUAUCCCGAAACCAGAGCAGGUGGAGUGGCAUCCAACUCUGUUAGAAGUCCCUGCUCAAACCCAGUUUGAUUACACAGUAACUGACCUCUCUGGUGGGCCAAAACCUCACUCCCCUUAUGAAGAUCAAUACAAAAAGACCACACUGAAGGGUGGUGUCGUUGCUGGGCAGCUGACAGCAGUGGGGAUGCAGCAGAUGUUUGAACUGGGGGAAAGGCUGAGGAGAAGCUAUGUGGAGAAGAUCAACUUUCUAUCUCCGGUGUUCAAACCUUCCGAGGUCUUCGUCCGUUCCACUAAUAUUGUUCGCAAUCUGGAGUCCACACGGUGUCUGCUGGCUGGGCUGUUCCAACAGCAUAAAGAAGGACCCAUUACUAUUGUCACUGAUGAAGCAAGCACUGAAAUCCUCUACCCCAAUUACCAGAACUGCCAGCGCCUGAAGCAUUUGAGCAGGGGUAAAAUGGAAAGUGUCUUGUUGCAGCCGGGCAUCUCUGAUGAUCUGAAAAUGAUUCGAGAGGAGAUGGGGAUCGACAGUGAGAAGUCUGUGGAUUUUUUUCUUCUACUCGACAACAUCUUUGCUGAGCUGGUACAUGACUUGCCCAGCUGCCCCGUGCUGAAGAACUUCCUGAAAACGAUUGAGCGUCGAUCCAUCGACUCAAUGAUUUACAUCCUGGAACAUAAUUCAAGAGAGGUUCUCCAGAUGUGUGUUGGUCCUCUUCUCUAUGCAGUACAUGAGAAUAUAAUGAAAGCAAUGUAUCCAUCAUCUCCUGCUACAGAGGCCAGAAAGCUCAUUCUCUAUGCUGCUCAUGACGUUACCCUCAUCCCUCUGUUGAUGGCACUGGGGAUCUUUGAUCACAAGUGGCCACCCUAUGCUGCAGAUGUGACAGUGGAACUGUAUCAGCAUCAGCAAUCCAAAGAAUGGUUUGUACAUCUGUCUUACCAUGGAGAGGAACAAUUGGUGAGAGGAUGCAGAGCAGGUCUCUGCCCGCUGGAGGAAUUUCUAAAUGCUCUAUCACACUAUGCUGUAAGUCCAGAGGAGUACAGCAUCCUUUGCUCGCAGAUGGACAAGUAAUUCAUAAGUAGUAUUUAAAUAAAACUCAGUUUCCUGCCUACAA